CUCACUGAAACCUUACUACAACAGACAUGAUGUACCAGGCUUUUCUGCUGACGAUCCCUCUACUUAUGGCGUUUCAGACGUCAAACACUUCACCGCUUGAUUCUGUAAAGAAGAUUGGACCGAUAAGUGCUCCAAAAGUUGCCAAAGUUGAUGAGAUAAGAAAUAGGGCUCAGUUCAUUGCUAGAAGCUGCAAGGAAGUUAAAGACGUAUAUGGUCAAUCUGAGAAUGGUCUGUACUACUUGACCACAGCUACUGGGGUGGUGUACCAGACCUUCUGCGACAUGACCACAGCGGGCGGCGGCUGGACUCUGGUGGCAAGCGUGCACGAGGACAACAUCUACGGGAAGUGCACGGUGGGCGAUCGUUGGACCAGCCAGCAGGGCAACAACGCCAACUGGCCACAAGGGGAAGGCAACUGGGCCAACAGGAAGACCUUCGGAACAGUGGAGGGAGCCACGGAUGACGACUUCAAGAAUCCUGGCUACUACGACAUCGUAGCAGAAGACAUGUCAGUCUGGCACGUUCCCAACAACACUCCGGUCAACCACUGGAAACUGGCUGCCAUCAUGCGCUACCACACUGACAGGCGCUUCCUCCAUCUGUACGGGGGAAACCUGUACAACCUCUUCCACCGCUACCCAGUCGAGUACAACGUUGGGGCACACCUGUCCGACAAUGGACCCUCCAUUCCCAUAGUGUAUGACCUCGGGGACAAAGAGUCCACCAAAAGGUUCUAUGGCCCUUACACUGAAGGGGAGACUGAGGGAGGCUUCAUCAGUUUCAGAGCAAUAAACUAUGAACGGGCGGCCACAGCCAUCUGCUCUGGGGUCAAACCCAAAGGCGGUAAUGCUGAAACCUACUGCAUUGGUGGCUGUGGGUUUUUCCCUGAGGGUAACCCUCUUCAGUGUGGGGAUUUCACCGCCUUUGCCUGGAAUGGCUAUGGGACCCAUGUAGGUUGGAGUGCAUCAAAACAGAUGAUUGAGUCAGCUGUGUUACUCUUUUACCGCUAAUGCUCUGUGCAUUUACUUUUCUUUGAUUGAUUGAUAGAUUUUGGGGUAAAACAAUUUCCAUUACUAUAAAGAAAUAGCAUAAAGCAAUAACCAUUCCAUACAUCAUAAAAGUAUUUGCGUCUUAUACAAUCAUUAAAUGCCGAUAGUGGCGAAUAUAUUAUUAUGUCAUGUGAGGCUCUUAAUAACUGAAUCACUGUAAGGUUACUGUAAACCACUUUGUGACACCUGUUGUGUUGGGGUGAUGGGGGUUGGAAAUUCAGUGUAUGGAUUGUGUGUGUUUGUUUGAACUUUCUUCCUGCAGUAACGUAACAAUAAAGUAGUCUAUAGGUCUGAGAGCAUGAAAUGAGCCUACUGUACUUUUUCAUUAUAAUAUUUAUUUAUUCUUUUUUUGGUGGGUGUGGGUGGGGAGGUUAAGAUGAACUUACUCCUCCAAA